AUGUAUCACAAAGUGGCGACUGCAAGUAGAAUUAGGGUUGCAGCCACAGGCCGUAGAUGCUACUCCUAUGCUGCAAAAUCCGCUCUUCUGUUCAUUCCGAACGAUGACCAAUACAAGUUUGAUUUUGAAAAAUUAACGCCGGAAGAGAACAGAGCGUCAAUUCAGAGAAUGCCUAAAUUAGAGAAUCUUCCAAAGUAUCAUAAUGAAAUUUUAAGUCCCGAAUUUGUUGCAGACUUAGUGGUAGACCCAAAUUUUAAUGAUGUUUUCGUAACUUCAUUGGCCUAUCAGAAACCAUUCUCAGGUGAUCAAACUUACAAAGUGGUUUCAAAGAACUAUCAAGGCAACUCGUCCGACAAUAAAGUAUCUUCUGAAGUUGUGAAUCUUUACUUCGAGAACUUAACAUGUAGAUGGAUAGAUACAUUUAAGGACCAAAUUUAUACAUUGUCAGACUUGCUGGAAUUGGAAGAACCAAUGACUUACAGCAGCAGAACUAUCGAAGACCAAAUAUCACUGGCGAUAGAUAAAUUCCAACAGAAAAAUCCACAAUCUAUGUAUCCACAAAAUACAGAUGAUUUAAAUGCAUUUUUCCAAUCAUUGAAAAUUUUUGAAAAUAAUUCAAAGAAGAUGGCUGGUAUUUUACAUCAUUCAGAAGUAGCAAACCUAGUUACUUUUGAACAUGUUGUAAGUUAUUUAUUCAACAAAAUUGACGAUACAGAUGGGUUUGUUUCCCUUGUUCUGUUUGUUCAAGAAAAUCUUGAUAUGUAUACCCAAGAAGGGUUGAAGCAAACCAUGGAUCAAGUUGUAACUGCAUUAGAUAAAUCAAACAGUCAAGAAAGAAGAGUAGUAUUCUCCAAGUUUGUAUCUGAAUAUGUUUUACAAUCUAACCCUCAAAUUUUACUGGGAUUACUGACAAAUAUCUUGGAUAAACUUGCAAAUAUUUUUUUCGUUUCUUCUAACUAUGUUCAAGGAAAAGAAGUCUUAAACUUACUUAUUCUUGACCAUAGAACUGCACCUUCAAGAGAAACCUUUUACUCGCUUUUGGCAGCCACAGAGUCGAACUUGAUUUCGAUAAAAGAUAAGGAGGCGAAAAGAGAACAAGUAUUAAAAGAUUUGGCUCCAUUCAAGUCAAUUAUCUUUCAUCGCGGCCUUGAAGAUUUAUCAUUGAAGAUAAUUCUUGAUAAUGCUAUCACUAACUCAUUUGAACUCCAUCAUUUGAUAAAGUUGGCUGAGAGCACCCCACAAGGUAGAAAACUUCUUUCAAAGUAUCAAACAGAUUUGAUUCUUGGCUUGAAAGAAAUUACUAGUGAUUCACUCCCACAAGUUCGCUCAUUAGAACUAGCACAACUCUUGAGAUUAUUGGUAGUUGAUAAUACUAUCGUGCUAUCCCAAGAUAGUAAAAAUCUCCUCAAAGAAUAA